UUUCACCAGAUCAGUGGACCACAAAGUCGGUAUGUUCAACCGGAAGCUGUUGUAUAUUUAUUCAAUUGCGAAUUGCGACAGUAUAAACUAUAGAAUAACUGGAACUCGUAUAAUGAAAUUCGAAGGUGAAAGAGGUUUAUAAUCUUACUUUUAAACAUUGACCGGUAAUGACAAAAACACGAUUUGUUGACUGCUUUUGGGGCAAUGAAUUCAACAGCACGUUGGGAUUUGAUGUCCUAUGUAAACGCAUGAGAGAUGGCAAGCAAGUCUGUACAGAUUUUGAAGAAUUUAUGAAACAAAGAGCGGAGGCUGAAGAAAGAUAUGGAAGAUCUUUGAUACUUGCAAAAGUUGGAGAAAAUGGGCCUGAGAUUGGAACAUUAAAACAAUCAUGGGAUGUACUGCGACAAGAAACAGAGCAUAUUGGCCAUGCUCAUUUGCAGCUCAGUCAACAAUUGACAGAGCAAUUAGGAAAACUUCAUGAGUUCAAAGAGAGUCAAAGGACUAAACGAAAAGAGAUUGAAGAUAAAAUAAAGAAAUGCCAGAAAGAUAAAAAGAACUGUUAUGAUAGAAACUUGACUGCCAAGCGAAAUUAUGAAAAUAAGUGCAAAGAACACGACACUAGUGAAGAUAACCACAAGAAAUUGGUAUCCGCUCAGAGCAAUAAUGAAGAGAAGGCACGGAUAAAGUUAUCGAAAGCAAAAACAGCAAUGGAAAAUGCAGAUACCAACUAUCAGACAACAAUAAAGCAAUUAGAGGAAGCACGCAGAGAAUGGGAGCGUGAAAUGGAGAUUUGUUGCAAUGUGUUUCAAGAACUUGAGGAGGAAAGAAUAUCAUUUCUCAGGGAGAGUAUGUGGACAUACACAAACCUUGGAUCAGGAAACUGUGUCAAAACAGACGAUAUCUAUGAAGAUAUUCGUAAAUCAUUGGAAUGCUGUGAUAUUGACAGUGAUAUAUACUUUUUUGUCAGUUCCAAACAAACUGGAAGUGAAAGGCCUGCUGAAAUUUUUUAUGAAAACUUCUACACUGCACAAAACGAUCAAAAAAUAGCCCUGCCCACACACCAACGAGCUAAUCAUCAUAAGAAUGGAGUUGACCUGCCACCAAUACCAAGCAAUUCAUCAAAAAUCAACGAUGAUGACGAGGAAGACCCAAACUACUCAACAGUGAGUGACCUCAAGACACCCAAACGUGCAAAGUGGGUGAAAGCUGACUUUGAUUACAAAGCACAGGGUGAUGAAGAACUUAGUUUUCAACAAGGGGACAUGAUAAAAGUCUUACAUGAAGAAGAUGAAACAUGGUGGUUUGGGGAAUGCAAACAUCGUAAAGGGAUGUUUCCAAAAACGUUUGUGUCAGUUGCAAAUAAAUGAAUUGGUAAUAGAGGCAAAAAUUUUUUUGUUGAAUUGGCCUUCGCUUUUGAAAAUCAUUCGUAACCAUUCAUUAUAGCAAUUGAUAAAACUAACAUUGUAAAACAUCACCCAAAAUCAUGUAAAUGGUAGAGUAUAUCACCAUGCAUGCAUUGUGAUCUUAUACAAUAACUUCAUAAAUUUAAAUAAUAAUUAGAUCAUUUUAAAAUUGAACGUAGUUAGGUAUUAAUUAUGAAUUGAAUUUUACAUUUUUGCAAAAUUCAAUUAAAUGUAUACUCGAAUUGAGGAAUCAAUACCAUAUUAAAAAUGUUGACCUACAAACUAAA